CAUUUCCACUUGUACCCUGCGACUUGCUUCAGGGGCGAGGGCUGCAGCUCUGACGUCGCCUGUGCUCCUUGAAGAGUGACGGUACCACGGAACCGGAGCCAUGACUGAGGCUGAUGUAAAUCCGAAGGCCUACCCUCUUGCAGAUGCCCACCUCACCAAGAAACUAUUGGACCUCGUGCAGCAGUCAUGUAACUACAAGCAGCUUCGAAAAGGAGCCAAUGAGGCCACCAAAACCCUCAACAGAGGCAUCUCUGAGUUCAUUGUGAUGGCUGCAGACGCGGAGCCCCUGGAGAUCAUCCUGCACCUCCCACUGCUGUGUGAAGACAAGAAUGUGCCCUACGUGUUUGUGCGCUCCAAGCAGGCCCUGGGGCGAGCCUGUGGGGUCUCCAGGCCUGUCAUCGCCUGUUCUGUCACCAUCAAAGAAGGCUCACAACUGAAGCAGCAGAUCCAAUCCAUCCAACAGUCCAUUGAAAGGCUCUUAGUCUAAACAGGUGGCCUCUGCCACACUCCCUGCUGCUGACUCCUACCCCAGGGGUUAUGUAUCAUUUGUCUGUUAGCAUAUAGUAUUUCCAGCUACCUUCUAUUGUUAUAAAAUAUUUUAGUGCUCAA